UAUAGAAAGCCCGGCCUGCCCUCCACUCAAUUCUCCCCGUCCCAGCCCUGCCCGACCUUCUGCCAUAGUCGCAUCGGCCAGUGUCGCAAGCCCAGAGCGCAGCAGCACAGAGGCAAAACAGCGCCACGCACCGCCGCCCACUUGCUCGACUCGCCGCGCCACUGCUGCGCUGCGUGCAUCGCUACCUUACUCGCAUUUAUUUUCACAGAACCAGCCCGGUCUAGCUCAAUUGCUUCCUUCAGGCUCUCUACCGGCACAGCACGCACACAAGGUAGCAGCAGCUCUCCACGCUUGCGCGCAUCCAGCAUUUCGCACGCGAUCAUUGGACGGCCCUCUCUUGUUUUUGCUUCUGGCCCCUCCAGCCGCCUCCAGCACUCCUGCCCAAUAGCGCAUGCGCCAUUGAAGCUGCGCGAACCAGCCCCCGGCCCCAGCUGCCUUGCCAGGUACUUGCCACGGUGA